AUGAAUGAUUCCUUUUUAUUUACAGUCUUGCUCUACAAGCAGAGUGAACUUUCAGCUCUGCUAAAGGCCGUGGCUAGACCGAAAAUACAUCCUUCCCGCUGCAGAAUUGAAUCUACACCAUCUUCCUCUGUUAUCACUAAGUCUGCCAACAUAAAGGGCGACACUAACCAUAGUUGCCCAGCUGUCGCCACUACGUGUAACUCGAUUGGCACCAGGUUUUCGCUCUCCGAUCUCGGACCAAAUGGUGCGACGCUCGUUGAUGAGGACUCCCUGCCACAGGUAGUGCUCACUACCACAAUACCUCCAUCAGUUGAGGAUAAUGCACCGCUUACCGCUGAAGCCAUGCUUAAUUCUAUGCAGCGCGGACUUUCUAGCAUAGACUCUGGUAAGAGAGUCGAUCUUCAUUGUGAUUUAAUUACCCCUCUUCUUCUUGAGCAAAUAUUCAUCUUCAGAUACUAG